AUGUUAAGUAGAGGCAAGCUGUUGGUGAAUAAAGCUUUAGACAUGAGUACUGAAGAUAAUAAUGAAGACAUAACAGCACAAGGUAAUGAAGAACCUAGUAGGGCACAGCCUCUGGAGAAGCUUUCUUCACCUCUAAGCAAUAACUUAACUUCGCCAGAUCGCUUAGAAGAAUAUUCCUCGCCGAUAUUAGACCUACUUGCAAAUUUGUCCCCUUUUAAAAGUCCUGACUAUAUAUCAGGUUCAUCAGAAUAUGGUGAUGAUAUAAUAGUUGCUGGCGGCAAGAAAAUGAGGUUGCCUAAUGGGAAGUCUAGGCGCACUAUCAUAGAAGAGUCUACUUCUGAAGGCGAAAAUACUGCAAAAUCACCAGUGUUUAUACCAUGUUCUGAUGACGAUACAGUGAGUAUUAAUGACAAAGUACCUAAAAAAGGAAGACCAAAGAAAGGUCGAAAAUUUAAGUAUGGUGGUCUAUCUAGGAUGGAAAGAAAGAAAAAUAGACACUCUAAUAAGCCUUUUCACAACUAUAAAAACAUCGAAGUCCAACCAAAAGUAUUUAUUGAUUAUAAAUGUAAUUGUAAAACGAAGUGCUGGGAAAAAAUAGAUUCAAACAAUCGACACAAAAUAUUUGAGACCUUUUACAAACUAGAAAAUUACAAUACUCAGAAUAUGUACAUCGCAGCAAGCGUCAAAGAAGCCGACGUUAAAAGAAGGAUGACUAAUAGCAAUAUGAAGAAAAAAUUCUCUCGUAAAUAUCUAUUAGAUAAAGUCGAAGUAUGCCGGAACUUAUAUGUCAAAACACUUGGUGUUUCAACAAAGAGAGUUAAUACUGCUUUGGCUAAAUUGAGGUCACAAGAUUGUUUAGAUAGAAGAGGAUCAAAAAGUGGAGGUUGGAACAAAUGCAGCGACGAAUUAGUUUCCCAAGUAAUAUGUCAUAUAAACUCUCUUCCUAAGUAUAAAUCACACUAUAGAAGAAGAGAAGCUGAGAAGGUUAGUAAGGCUAUGUACACAAAGUUAUUCUACACUAAUUUUAAUCUUAAACGAGCGCCUCUUAAAAAAGACACUUGUAACAAGUGUGACACAUUACAAGCGAAAUUAACUCAUUGCAAAACUACUGAGGAAAAAACAGCCAUCGAUACAGAACGCGAAGAACAUUGCCGAAAAUGGGAACAGGCGCGGCAUGUAAUGAAGACUGAUUUUAUUCUGGCUACUCAAUGUAAGGAAUUAGAAUGCCUCACGUUUGAUUUACAAAAAACACUUCCAAUGCCUAAGAUACCUACUGGAAUUAUUUACUAUAAACGACAGCUUUGGCUGUAUAAUAUGGGUAUUUAUUCGGCAAAAACCAACACAAGUGGGUGUUUUGUUUGGAUUGAAGGAAUGGCUGGAAAAGGUGCUCAGGAAGUCGGUUCCUGUCUUUUAAAAUACUUAGGCGAGCAUAUUUCUGAAGAUGUCGAGGAACUAAUUUUAUGGAGCGAUUCGUGUGGCGGACAAAAUCGUAAUAUAAAGUUAAUUUUGAUGUUAAAAGCAUUUUUGCAUUGUCAUCCCACUUUGAAAAAAAUAACACAAAAGUUUUUGAUUUCCGGACAUAGUUACCUACCUAAUGACAGAGAUUUUUCCCACAUUGAAUCUGCAAUAAAAAAGUAUCCGAGACUAUACACUCCCGAUGAUUAUAUACAAGUUAUUAAAGAUUGCAAGAAAAAAAACCCUCUUAAAGUUACAUUAAUGGCAAAAUCAGAUUUUCUGGGAACUUCUAAGGUUGAAAAAAUGAUUAUUAAUAGAAAACGUGGUAUUAACAAAGAAUGUAUUAAUUGGCUACAAACUCGAGAAAUAUACAUAGAAAGAGACUCACCAAACUCAAUUUAUUUUAAAACAGACUUCUUUGGUAAUUCUGUGGAAGUCAAUGUAGGUAGAGCACCUGUUCGGGGCAGACCGGGUUUAAUCUUAAUGGAACAUUUAGUUCCCUUGUGGCCGUCAGGGAAACCAGUAUCACCCGCAAAACUUGCCGAUAUACAAUCCAUAUUACAUCUCAUUCCACAAGAUGCACAGAGUUUUUAUCAUGGUCUCAACUGUGAUAAUACUAUAGAAGACGACAUAGAUGGACUAGACACGGUGGAUUUCGAAAUCCAAUUUGAUGAUAACGUCGAAUAA